GGAAAGAACCAACCUAACUAGUAACAAACAGUUUCAGCAAACAACAAUGGAGAGUUUCAACCAGGAGCAUGUCAUUGGAAUUCCAUUGUCUUCCUUGAGAUAUGCUGAUGAAAGAAAACCAACCUGUUCUACUUUGGCCUGCAAGAAGGAUAAGAAGAAUUCCAUCAUUUAUCGGCUAAGCAAGCUAAGCCAGAAAACAGAUAGUUAUAUGCAAGGCUUCAAGGAACACUUAGCACUUGGACCGAAAAUUUCAGAAACUGUGAAAGGGAAACUGAGCCUGGGUGCAAAGGUUCUCCAAGCUGGUAGCAUGGAUAAAGUCUUCAGGCAAUACUUUCCAGUCGAGGAAGAAGAGAAGCUAUUGAAGGCUUUCCAGUGUUAUCUUUCAACCACAGCUGGCCCAAUAGCUGGAAUGCUCUUCAUCUCAACUGAGAAGAUUGCCUUCCAUAGUGAUAGGCCUUUGGAUUUAACAUCGCCCAAGGGACGCAUCACAAGGGUCCCCUACAAGGUCAUGAUUCCUGCAAAGAGGAUAAAGAGUGCUGCAGUGAGGGAAAACUUGUAUAAUCCUGAUGAGAAAUACAUCGAUGUAGUUACUGUUGACGGUUUCGAUUUUUGGUUUAUGGGUUUCAUCAGUUACACAAAAUCAUUUAGAUAUCUUCAGCAUGUAAUCUCGGAGUUGAGAUGACACUGUACUUCUAUAAUCUCAGUCAUACUAUGUACAAUGUUGAAAUGGUAUAUGUACAUUGGACAUGUAGAAUUGUAGAAUUGAACAAUCAUACUGAAAUGAAAAGCAUUAUUUCUUGACGA